AUGGUUUUCAACGAAACCACCACCACCAACUACAACAACACACCACUUCCCAUGUUACUCGUUGUCUUCGUUUUCGCCUUCUUCAUCACUGGCUUCUGCACCAUCUGCAUUCGCUACUGCUCCGAACAAGAAACGCUUCCUCAGAACCCAACUGGGACCCACCAUGGAAUCGACCCGCACGUGCUCGCCACGUUUCCCAUCAUGCCUUAUUCCGCAGUGAAGCAUCUCAAAACGGGUCAGAACGCAGCGUUGCAGUGCGCGGUGUGUUUGGGGGAAUUCACAGACGCUGACGCGCUUCGCUUGUUGCCCAAGUGUAGUCACGUGUUCCACCCAGACUGCAUCGACGCGUGGCUCGCUUCGCACGUGACCUGCCCCAUCUGUCGGGCAAAGCUGAAGCCGGAAACCGAUGAUGUGAAGGUGGAAAUUGAAGGGGAAGCACGAGCGCGCCAUGUGUUUGAUGAAAGUUCUGUGAGAAGGGUUGAAGUUGAUAGUGGUGGAAACGAAAGUGGGGUGCGUGGGAAUGUUGAUGGAUGUGUUGGGAAGGGUAAUGGGUGUUCAAAGGAGAAAGCUUCUGGGGUGCUUUUGAGGUCACAUUCAACGGGUCAUUCAUUUGUUGAAGAAGGGAAGGGUUUGGAGAGAUUCACUCUGAGGUUACCUGAGGAAGUGAUGAAGCAGAUUAUGGAUGAUUGUAAACGUGGAAGUGUGAUGAUGAUGAAGCGUUCUGCCAGUUACGACGUCGUUUUGAGGAGUGGAGAAAGGGGUGAAGGUAGCACUAGUAAGGGAAAGAAUAAUAGUAAUGGUAGGUGGGUUUUGUCCAUGACCCCUCCCUUUGUUUCUGGUGGUUGGGGUUCUCUGAAUGUGUCCUCUGGGAUUCUGAGGAUUUGGGGGUUGGGUUCUGUUGUACAGUGUGUUGGAGAAAUUGGAAUGAUUGAAUUGAUGAUGUGUUAUUGUUUGGCGCAAUCCACGCAAACAUGGGAGAAUUCUGCCUUUACAGUCUCAAACACUAUUGUAAAAAUUGGAUCAAAUUGGCAAGUUGAGCCAGAUCCGGAUAAGAAUACAGCUUUGACACUCCAAUUGUCUAAUAAACAGAAAAGUGAUCCCACGAGACAAAGAUCUGCAAAGAGCUCCUCAUUUGAUAUCAACACCAAGAAGUGA